UACCUUUAAUUAUUGAUCAAAAUUUCAAUGAGUCCACUUGUGGUCUUAAUAAAAAUAAGUGUUUGACUAGGAGCACAAGUCAACUCCGUGUAGGUUUGGUUAAGGCCACAUAUUCUAAUCCAAAUCAUAUACGUUACUUAUGGAAUUUCCAUAUAUGUAUGUAUGUAGCACAUAUAAUCCAUCUUUACAAUAUCCUCUUUCACAAUGCUACCAAAGUUGUUGCUCCUUUGUAUACUAGUUUCAUCCUUCAUUUUCACUACUCAUUCUUACAACAAGAAAUGUCUUCGCCAUCAGGAAAUCUUGUUGCUUCAACUCAAGGAUGAGUUGAUCUUCUAUUCUUCUCUUUCGACAAACCUGGUGCGAUGGAAUGAAAGUUCUGAGUGUUGCAAGUGGUACGGUGUGGAAUGUGAUGCUUCAGGCUACGUCGUUAGUUUGCAGCUCGAUGGUGAGGGCAUUUACGGUGGAAUUGGGGAUUCGUCGAGUCUCUUCAAAUUCAAUUAUCUGCAGAAGCUUAACCUCGCUUACAAUGACUUGAAUGAUCCCAUUCCAAAAGGUAUUGGCAAUCUCACCUAUUUGACACACUUGAAUUUGUCAAAUGCUGGUUUUGUUGGUCAGGUUCCUUCUGAAAUUUUAUCAUUGACAAGACUAGCUAGUCUCGAUAUCUCUGAUAUAUAUGGCAAUCAUCCAAGUCUCGAGCAACAAAAUCUGGAGAUGAUUGUCCAAAAUCUAUCUGAGCUUAGAGAGCUCUAUCUUGAUGGUGUCAAUAUCACUUCCUCGGAUGAAAGGAGAAAAUGGAGCCAUAAUAUAUCACCAUAUUUACCAAAUCUCACCGUUUUGAGCAUGGAAUUUUGUUAUCUUAAUGGCUCUUUGCCUAAAUCCUUUUGGCAUCUUCAUUCCCUUUCUAUUCUUCGACUGGAUUAUAAUAAUCUUUCAACACUGUCAGUCCAUGACUUGUUCACCAAUUUUCCAAGUCUGGCCAUCUUGUCUCUUGUUGACUGUCAAUUGAAGGGUUCUAUUCCAUCCUCCUUUGCUAACUUAACAAAGCUGAUUCAUGUCGAUUUGGGUCAGAAUUUCUUAUCGGGGACACUUUAUCCCACGUUGUUUAAAGGUCUUUCCAAUCUUACUUUUCUAAAUUUGAGGCAAAAUUCAUUCUUUGGUAACAUACCACACUCUCUCUUUGCUCUCCCUUCAUUGUUGGUACUUGAUCUUACAUACAAUCAAUUUAAUGGCACUUUUCGACUGGACACCUUACGAAGCCUUGCCAAUCUCACAACUCUUGGUCUCUCUCACAACAGCUUGUCUGUAGAUGUCGGCGACGUCAAUUCAAGUUCGUAUGGAUCCCUCCAAUUAAAAGUGUUAGACCUAGCUUCAUGUAACUUGUCCAAUUUUCCCGAUUUCAUCAAAAAGUCGGAUCUGGAGCAAUUGGAUCUCUCAGGCAAUCGUAUUGCGGGGGAAAUACCUAGUUGGAUUUGGGGAACGCAGCUAGAGUUUUUGAACCUCUCUUCUAAUCUUUUGACAGAUAUUCAAAAGCCUUACCAUAUUCCUCCUUCGUUGAUAUUCUUGUACUUGAGCUAUAACCAACUUAGGGGUGAGUUGCAUCUGCCCAUUCCAGCUGAAUCUAAUCUCAAUUCCUUGGAUCUGGCUAAUAACAAAUUAAGUGGAUCAAUUCCAACCUCCCUCCUAAACGCCACACGCCUCUUUUCUCUUGACUUUUCUAUCAAUAACCUAAGUGGCAGCAUACCCCCUGGCCUACUUGAAAACAUUAACGUGUUUGAUGUGGCGCAAAACAACAUCAACGGUAGCAUUCCAGACAUUAUCUCUAUGGACUGUAUGCUAACUUAUUUGGAGCUUAGCCAUAACAAUUUAGAAGGGAAGAUCCCAAAGUCCCUCGAAAGAUGCAGGUCGUUGGAUUUCAUGAACGUCAGGAACAACAACAUCAAUGACACAUUCCCAUGCAUGCUAUUAUCCACAUUAAGUUUUCUUGCUUUACGCUUCAACAGAUUCCAUGGAGAAUUGACGUGUCAAGAGAGCUGGUCAGGGCUUCGAGUUCUAGAUAUAUCUUCAAAUAAUUUUGGUGGAAGGCUGGAAUCAAUAAAUUUCUCUACUAGGGGGGCAAUGAUGCUAAACAAUUUGACAGGUACUUACGUAUCUCAAGUGGAUAUAACCAUGAAAGGGAUAGAUUUAGAGCUCCUCCACAUUCGGAAAGACAUUGCUAUCAUUGAUUUUUCUCACAAUAAUUUCCAUGGAGAGAUACCAAAUGCAAUUGGUGAUCUUAACCUACUUUUCCAUCUCAACUUAUCCCACAAUGCCCUCUAUGGGAGCAUCCCAAAGUCAUUUGGCCAGUUGAAGGUUCUCGAAUCACUCGACCUCUCUGCAAACCAACUAACAGGCCAAAUACCAAUGGAGCUUGGAGAGCUCACAUUCAUUGGAGUGUUGAAUCUGUCAUACAAUAAGUUGGUCGGAAUGAUCCCAAAUGGCCGUCAAAUCCAAACAUUUCCUGUUGAAUCCUUUGAAGGAAAUCCAGGCCUGUGUGGUUUGCCUCUCAACAUAAGAUGCAGUCCUACCGGUGACAACGACAAUGGCCUAUCGCCACGAGGACAUGAAGAGAAGAAGGAGAUUGAGUGGGAAUACGUAUCAGCUGCACUUGGAUACGUUGUGGGUGUAGGGAUCAUUGUGUGGCUACUUAUAUUUUGCAGAAGAUUCAGAGAGAAAUACUUCGGCAAAAUAGAAGAAGUUGUUGAAGACAUAUUCAUUGCCAGAGACAUGAGAAGACGUCGUGCAAGAAUGGUAGCCAGGAAUCGAGCCAGGAGGCAAUAGUGUUUCCUUCAUAAGCUGUUUCUGUUUGUGAUAUUUGAGUACCCAAACGAGCUGAGAGGUAGAGGCUGAACUCGUGUGCUCGCCUAAUCCGUCACCCCCACCAUCGCUCUCAACGGCCGUUGCCAGACCUCGCUUUCAAGUUCAAUGACUGCAUCUUCUCCAAGAUUCUGUUUAGUUGCUUUCCUUGUUUACCCUUUAAUUUUGGUAUUUUCAAUAAUUACCAUGUAUCUGUUUUGGGUAUACUAAUAAGUUUCAUUCUGGUUUU